AUGAACCCUUACAUUCUUGCCACCCUCCUAUUCGGACUAGGUCUUGGAACUACUAUCACCUUCGCCAGCUCUCACUGGCUCUUUGCAUGAAUGGGCUUAGAGAUCAAUACACUUGCAAUUAUCCCCCUAAUAGCCCAGUCCCAUCACCCCCGCGCAGUUGAAGCCACCACCAAGUACUUCCUAGCACAAGCCACUGCGGCUGCUAUACUACUCUUUGCGAGCAUCUCCAAUGCCUGACUUUCCGGCCAAUGAGAUAUUCACCAAAUGUCCCACCCCUUGCCAACAACCCUCAUCACCCUCGCCCUAGCACUUAAAAUUGGCCUUGCCCCCCUCCAUACCUGAAUGCCUGAAGUCCUUCAAGGACUAGACUUGACCACGGGCCUUAUCCUCUCCACCUGACAAAAGCUCGCACCCUUCUGCCUGCUUCUUCAAGUUCAACCUGCCAACGCAACUCUUCUCCUUGUGCUAGGAAUUACCUCUACCUUAGUAGGAGGCUGAGGCGGCCUAAAUCAAACUCAACUUCGAAAAAUCCUGGCCUACUCCUCAAUCGCACAUCUAGGCUGAAUAAUCCUUGUACUCCAAUUCUCCCCCUCCCUCACCUUCUUGACCCUUCUUGUCUACUUCAUUAUAACUUUUUCCUUAUUCAUCUCCUUUAAAAUUAGUAAUGCCACUAACAUUAAUACCCUCGCCACCUCUUGAGCUAAAGCCCCUGCCCUCACCUCAAUUAUCCCUCUUAUCCUCCUAUCUCUGGGGGGCCUUCCACCUUUAACAGGCUUUCUCCCUAAAUGACUGAUCCUACAAGAACUAACUAAACAAGACCUUGCCCCCCUUGCGACCGUUGCUGCCCUCUCGGCUCUCCUAAGCCUUUUCUUCUACCUCCGACUUUCCUAUGCAAUGACCCUGACCAUAACACCUAAUAACCUUACAGCUACACUCCCCUGACGCCUUCCCUCACUCCAAACGACACUUCCCCUGGCCAUCGCCUCCUCCGCAACAAUCUGUCUUCUCCCCCUUGCCCCUGCCACCGCUGCUCUCUUCACCUGGUA